GGGCUGGGACCAAAGGCUGUCGUGAGGAACAUCACGAAAGCGCUGAUCAACCAACCAAUGAAGCGCUUGAUUGUGACGGAUAGUUUCUACUCCACAGUGUCGCUGAGCUUGAAGCUGCUCCGCAUGGGCUUGUAUCACGUUGGCACCACGAGAAUCGAUCGCUUGGGCUGGUGCCCGAUCCAUUUCACGCAAAGCAAACGCCCGCAGCGGAUGCCAAGAGGUACCUACCGUAUUGCACAAGCUCACGACUAUCCUGAACUGGUUGCACUGAGCUGGAUGGACGCUAAGCCGGUGAACAUGCUCGCCACGGGGUGCAGCACCCACGUGACUAGCGUGCUGAGGACGGAGAAAGAUGGAACGCGCAGCACGAUGCCUUGUCCGCAGCUGUUAUUUCUGUGCCUCGUCGACAUGGCUGUCGUCAAUGGAUACGUCGUGCAUUGCUGGGUGCUCAAGAAAAGAGGAGAAAAGCCACCUACCCAUGCUGAGUACUUGCGCCGCUUGCACACGCAGCUUUUGGCGCUGCGGACGAUCAACUUUGAGACCCACCCCAACGCAGAGGACCUAGUGUCUGUACCAAUCCCACGUCAAGACCACACAUUAGCGAACACGGACAGCUUCUACUCUACCGCGAAGCAGUACAAACACCGACAGUACCUGUGCAAAGUGCGCUCUACAUUUGCUGACUCAAAGACGAAGUCGUUCGAGACCAGCUACUUCUGUCCGCAGUGCAGCGAUGCAUUCGGAGGCCGCGUACCGCUUUGUCGUCAAGUACGACGAGGGGAGAGCGGGAACACACUGCCCUGCGCUAAGAUCUGGCACGACACGUGGGGUGAUGGCAACAGCAUUUCAGCGAGCCUGAGAAAGAAGAUUAGAUUCCGUAAGCGUAAGCGAGAACAGGAGGAAGAGACGUAA